UCAAAAUGGCAGAGACAGCAGACAUGGCAGAGGUACCAAAAAAUUACACAGAGGAAGAGAAUGACUUGGUAUCUAAGAUAAAGAAAGAACUGGAAGGAUGGAGGGAGGUCCUCCUCCCUUUGAACAAGAUGCUGACCUGGGAGAAGCCACAUUACCCUGCCAUCCUAGUGGGAGCGAUAUCAUUUAUUUUCAUAUUGAUAUGGUACCUCGAGCCUUCAGUAUUGACCACGUUUUCCUUGAUAGGAUUCCAUGUGUGUCUCAUAGACUAUCUUGUACCAACUGUUGCAACGAAUCUUUUCCGUUCGGAUAACUGGACUGGAGUACAAGAAAGGGAAUUUGAGAACAUCUGUAUUCGGAUUCACAAUGCAAAGGUGCACUUCCACAGUUUGCGACAAGGUCUUGGAAACCUCAAGAGAGAUAAACCUAAGACAUAUUUUGUUGCUGUUAUGUCAUCACUGGCAAUACUUGCUUGGAUUGGGAAUAUCAUCAAUAACCUCUUACUUACAUAUCUCAUCAUUGUGUUCGUGGUGCUCCUACCCGGUCUUCGCCAUCGUGGCAUUAUGCAGAGGUACACCAAGCAGCUGAAGGAAUCCGUCAAAGGUCUCAUCCAAAGCAAGAAGAAGAAGAACUGAAUCGGCACGUUUCGGAAUUGUGUGUUGUAAAGACUUUCGGUGCCGCCGAGUUUGCCUUGCUUGCUUGACACCUUUGCAUUGCUGUCCGGCAAUUUGUAAACAUUGACUCAUUAACAUCAGGUGAAUGAGUUAUUGGCCAUGCUGAAUGUUGGUUGUAUGUUAUCUCACUUAAUUAUGCCGAUUAACCUCUCUGUCUAUGUUAAUUGAUGAUAUCCUGUGAAUGUGUAUUCUGGUACAUAGCCCCUGCUCCACAAGUACAAUAUGUCAGCUCGCUGACUUUUUAGCUACAUGAGACAAGACCACUAAUGAACAUUCAUAGGUUGGAGGGUCGAGGCCUAUCAAUUAGACGAGUGCAUGUUUUUUACUCUCAAGUACAUAUUUGGAGAGGUAUUGAAAAAAUAUUUGCUGUGGCAAGUCUACAGAUAUAAAUAAAUUGUUUGGUAAAAAAAUAAUUUUGAAUUUCGACAAC